AUGGAUGAUCUGGCUAGGGAUAAAGAGAUGCGAAAGCGUACCAGCAACGAGGAACGGAUACAAAGGACCGCUGAAAGGACCGAUAUGAUUCUGAAUCGACUGAACGAUCUUGCAUCAAAAGAGGUUACUACUCGUGAGACGGUGGGAGAGCUGGAUAACAGGUUGCUGGCCAUCGAGAAAACACAGAAAGAUUAUUUAAUCACAAGAAACGACAUCUUCGGAAAUAACUAUCCUGAGCUAUAG